UUAUUAUUACCCUUGUUGCCUUCCUCCCCCUCCUAUACCUCCCCUCGGCGGCGAGGCGGCGGAGCUCCGGCGAGCCUGGAGCACGUCGGGGUUUCCCCUCCCGCGGCCUCGCCGUAUCGGAUCGCCGGCGUAUGGCCUACGUCUACCUAGGUAUUCCUUCCAUGCAUGGCCUCCGUGCUCCGGCUAGCCGUCCCGCCCCCACGGUCGCCGCCGUGUCCCCGCGUGCUGCCGGCCACCUCCGGGGCGCGGCGGUGCGGCGGGCUCAAGCUGUAAUCAGCCGAAGAGGCCUCGAUAUCCCUUAUCCCACCACCUGCAGAUAGUGAUACAGUGCUCCAAGUGUGCGCUAAUUCUCUGAAGUCUGAACAUGCCCUUGGCAACCGAUUUAACCCAGUGUCAGCGAUACUCUAUUAGUUGAGUUCAGAUACUAUGCGAGGAAUUGAGAGACAGCCGAGCUUCAGGUGUCCCUUUUGGUCGAUUUGAAAUUAUAUUAAGGGACGUAGACCAAAUCACUAUGCAAAUGAGGAACAAUGAUGUUCUGAAAUCUGUUUUGGAUAUGCAACUUCUAUAUUUGCAAGGUACCUGCAGCUUAUGAAGCCUGAAAUCCUGGCAAGGUUUCCUAUCUGUUACGCCUUUAAUAUCUCAAAGAGUACAGAUUUAAUAGGCAAAGCCCAGAGAAGUACUAGCACCCAAAAAAUUUGUUGCUGAUGUUGAACUGAAAGUAAGAACCAGACUAGGUAAGCAAAACCUAUGAUCCACAGAAAAAAGAAUUAAGUCUGCUCACAACUACACUUAGGUGUCAAACAUAGGUUGCUACGGGACCACUGAAUUUAAUUUAAGUUGAUAAAAAGAUAAAGUAUGAUAGCAGCAUGGAAAUAUUUUUAGUUAAGAAAAAUGCUUAUAUGGUUUUCCUAUAUCUAAGUGUACGCUUCAGAUAAUAUCUUUGGUCCAAAUUUAAUGUGGUCCGUUUUGGGACGAGGUAGUGGUAUUUUUCAUCUAACUGUUAAUGAUUGCCAUUCAUUUUUCUACAAGCUUUAUCUUCAAUAUUAUGAGUCUAUAACAUUCUCUAUUCCAAUGUAUUCUACCCAAAAUAAUUAGGCACGGCCAAGUACAUAGAGGUUAUUACCUUAAUUUUUACAGUUCAAGGUCAAGACCAUACUUUAUAACCAAACAUUUGGUUGUUUGAUGAUUAAAAGGAAAUAGGACCAUCAGACCCCAUGCAUUAAUAGAGGACAGAUUUGAGCAAAACUCAGCUUUUAAGGAUCUAAUCUACCUCAAGCAAGGCUGUAUUCUCUUUUCAUGCCAAGUGAAAACUAGGCAGGUGCACUUGCUCCGGCACUUCAUUUUCUUCUUCAGUCCAUACUCAUGCAAGUAGCUUGCUUGGAUGAUUUUGAGUAAAUUUAGGAUGUUACUGGAGGGCACAAAGGAAUUCAGGUAGAUCAAGCUAUUGUGCAUGUAAAAUGUGUAUCACAUAGAUCCAACAUUUCGUUCCAUUCUAUUUGGUGGAGACUGGCCCAGAAUACUUAUGGUAACUUGUCAAAGACAGCAGCAUGUGAGAGUGACUAUGCAACAAAUCUUUUGCAUUGGUAAUAUGCAACUAUCUGGAGCAGAUCAUGCAGAAAUUAAGCGCUAGCAAGAAAAUGUUUAGGGAGAAAUGGCAUAUUUAAGCUCACGAUAAAGUAAUCCUUGAACAUUAAGAUCAAGAACAGCUAAAACAUCACAUGUUAUCAAAUAUACACCUGUCUUAUGAAAUGGCCCAAAUGAGAUGACAGCAGACUUUUGGAAUAGGAAAAGCCAGCUAACUUGUUAGUUGUCACCUUUAUUUAAGUAGUCUUGAGCUUACUCUUAUUCUCACACUCUCUCAGCCCAUUCUGUUCCUUCUCAUCCCUCUUUCUGGUGUGUAGUGUGUCCAAUAAUUAGGAAGCAGGGCUGGUUGCUUCUGCGAUAGGAGAAAACUGCAAACCAGUGUAGGGGCAAAAAUGGCUGCCUGCUGACAAGUUCUAGUUCACAGUCAAUAAAGCCAUUCACCUUGGAAGUGACUCCCUAUUCUGAUCAGCAGUCAUACACAAAUUCAUGCAGUGUAUGAUCUUGGUCUCCAUGCAUGAACUCUGCUACCCCACAUUCUGAAGAUUAACUGAUGCUUAGAUAUGUGCAUGGCAAAGUAAUACACUAGUUCGUGAGUAUUUCCUUCAGGACACUUAUGUUCUUUCUUUGUUUGGAGUACUGAGGCACCUCACCAAUGGAGAUAAAGAUGAAGGGGAUAUUCAAAGGUUUGAAGAUAAUCUCUCAAAUAUUCGCACUGCAGAAGCAACAAGAGAUGGAAAUCGGGUGCCCUACAGACGUCAGGCAUGUGUCUCACAUAGGCGUGGGCACUAGUGAUUCAUGCCCAAGCUGGAUGAGUGAAUUCAGAGGAUUGGAAGAGUUGUCAGCAGGCUCCAUGGGCUCCUUUGCACAGUCAAGGAAGACAUCCUGGGCAUCUCAAGAUUUUGACAAACCACCAAGAGCCACGCUCCCAACAGAAGUCUGCACAGACAAAUCCGGCCAGGAGGCCGCCUCCUGCUGCCAUGACAUCCCGAGAGGCCCCAAGAACCCGAGGAGGAAGAAGGCAGCAAGAGCAUCAUCCGCGAGCUCCUUCUUGUCGAGGUCAAGGUCCUCCUCGUUUGUGACAGCGUGCGGUGAUUUCAGCGAGUUGCGUGGCGGCCUCCGAGUCGCCUAGUUUGAAUGACAGUUCAUAUAGUUUUCUGGUGUGUGUUUUCUUCGUGCUGUUCGAUCAGGAGGAGAAUAAAAUCGCCUGAAAUAAUCGUAUGAGCGUUGUGAUGGAUGCUAAGCGUCUAGAUUAGGGACAUGUGUAAUGUGUCCAUGACUGAACAAACUAUGCAUUGUACUGCUUUUUUUGAGUUUUGGCUAUUUCUGAAGUUUGAAAAGUUGACCGGACCUGAAAAUGGUGAAUAAACAAAAAUGUUCCACCUAGUCUGAACAAUUAUUCUCUGAA